AGCAACGCACCUGCAGUAGCAACACCAUCUGUUCACUUCUACACAUACCAUUCCCAUUCUGUCCAUCCUUCGCUAGCUAGAGCUUCAACUCAUAAACCUCUCUUUCCACCACCCCCCCAAAAAAAAAAAGAGAGAUAAGAGAUGACUUCAGGCUCAACAUGGACGGCGAAGCAAAACAAGCUGUUCGAGAAUGCGCUGGCGAUGCACGACAAGGACACGCCCGACCGCUGGCAAAAUCUGGCGAGAGCAGUUGGUGGAAACAAGAGCGCGGAGGACGUGAAGAGGCACUACGAGAUGCUCGUUGAAGAUGUGAACCAGAUCGAGUCCGGGCAGAUCCCCUUGCCGAAUUACCGAAAACUCGGAGGACCAAACAGCAAGGGGUGCAGUUCCAUAAUGGAGGAAGAGCAAAGGUUGAAGAGCCUGAGGAUCCAGUGAAGUAUUAUGGAAAAGCCGGCUGAUAUUUUGGGAUGGAAUAAAGUUCAGAUGAUGAUCCAGCAAAGAAAAGAAAUGCAGAAUAUUUUUUUUUCCUUUUGUAUUUUCAUCUGUGUAAUUCCCAUUUAUUAAAAGAAAAGACCUGGUACUUCUUUGAGUGUCA